UCAAUAUUUUGGUGUUCGGAUCGGUGGCCCGAACGCCAUUGCUUUCAGCCUUUGCAGAAUUUCAGAACACGAAAGGCCUUAAUCAGUUCAUAUUUAUCCGUAUUACUAUCGGAUCCCUCGGAAAACCUGUAAAUCCUUACGUUCCGACCCGGAUACAAGGUUUUCCGAUGGGUCUCUCCGAUUCUGAUGCCUCUCGUCUCCUCAACAAUCCGGAAACCCCGCCUAACGAGAUCCCUGAAGACAAGUGGCAUUUAGCCUACAUCAUCUACUUCACCCUCGGCUUCGGCUACCUUCUUCCAUGGAACGCCUUCAUCACCGCCGUCGAUUACUUCUCCUUCCUCUACCCUGAAGCCAGCGUUGACCGCAUCUUCGCCGUCUUUAACAUGCUCGUCCUUCUUGUGUCCCUCUUCAUCAUCAUCCUCUAUAGUCACAAAUCCCAUGCCUAUGUGCGAAUCAACGUUGGUCUAGGCCUGCUUACGCUGGCCUUGCUCCUGGUUCCCAUCAUCGAUGCAUUGUACAUUAAGGGUCGGGUCGGGUUGUAUGAUGGGUUCUAUGCGACGGUCGGCGCAGUUGGGCUUUCGGCUUUAGGUGGCGCUCUGGUUCAAGGUGGAAUCGUUGGGUCUGCUGGGGAGUUGCCGGAUAGGUACAUGCAAGCUACCAUUGCUGGUACUGCUGCUUCUGGUGUACUUGUUUCUUUCCUGAGAAUAUUAACAAAAGCUGUUUACUCUCAAGAUGCCGUUGGCCUGCGAAAGAGUGCAAACCUCUACUUUUCUGUAGGAAUUGUGGGUAUGUUCAUAUGCAUGGUCUUGUACAAUGUAGCGCACAAGCUUCCUGUUAUGAAGUACUGUAAUGAACUCAAGGUUCUGGCUGUCACUGAAGAUGAAGAAGUUCAAGGUCCUCUGACUGGUUCUCUUUGGAGGGCAAUUGUAUGGGAUAUUGUAGGAAGAGUGAAAUGGUAUGGAUUUGGAAUUGUUCUUGUAUAUAUUGUAACUCUUUCCAUAUUUCCUGGGUACAUUACCGAGGAUGUGAGCUCUCAACUUCUCAAGGAUUGGUAUCCGAUUCUCCUUAUUACAUGCUUCAAUGUGUUUGAUCUUGUUGGCAAGAGUUUAACUGCAGUGUAUCUCCUAGAGAAUCCCAAAAUUGCAGUAGGAAGUUGCAUAGGAAGAUUUCUGUUUUUCCCUCUCUUCCUCAUGUGCUUGCGCGGUCCCAAAUUCUUUCAAACAGAGAUUCCUGUGACGAUAAUGACCUGCCUGUUAGGGCUUACUAAUGGGUACUUAACCAGUGUAUUGAUGAUCUUGGCGCCUAAAGUUGUGAAGUUGCAGCAUGCAGAAGCUGCGGGCACUGUGAUGGUAUUAUUCCUAGUUGUUGGUCUGGCUGCUGGAUCGGUUUUAGCUUGGUUUUGGGUUAGUUGAUCUAUCAGUUAGUGUGGAUUGAGCCUUUGUGUGCCUUCAAAUGGUGUCUGAUGAAUGGUUAACUGGUGUUUUGUUUAACUAUCCUGUUCAGAUUGCCAUCGUGAUCUAUUCUUUGUUGUAUUGUGUCUGGCAGCACAGAAAUAAAUUUUUUGCAUUAAGGGCUUGUGGUCACUCCAAGACAGAUCAUAAACUUGGCUCUGUAUUACAGUGAUCUCUGUAAAUCUUUUCCAAUCUCAGGUUACAUAUACGGAUUGGGUUAUCCGGAUCAAUGGAGUCAACAAGAACAGGAGGACAAAGAGGAUUACAGUGAAGGGUUCACUGGCCUUUAGGGAUUCAGUUUACAAGAAUGGUGCAAAGGAGGGGUUAUCCUCAUUCUUCCCACUAGCUUCACAUCAGACUGCUGAGUUUCUAUUCAGUUUGUCCUCAGAAACAGUAGCAUUGGCUAUUAUAGGAGUAUAAAGGAGAACUUGGAUUUCUUGUAUAUGAGUCAGGAAUGCGGUGUGUGUACAUAUAUAUAUAUACACGAGGGAGGAGCCUACGUAUUAAUUUCUUGUGAUAAUAGAAUAUUGUUUUAACUGAAUAAUAUAUGAUCCUUUAAUUUUU